AUGCCGCACGCACUCGACUACCUAGAGUACGACGAAGAAGAAGAGUCGGACAAUGACAACGUCGGCGACGACCUGUUUGGCUCUGACGACGACGACGAGCCCGCAGCUGGAUUCAGCGAUACGCGUAUUCCUGUCGGCAGUUCCUCAAAGGUGGACGACAAUGACGGCGUAGCUGCACACAGCACACACCAGCCGCCCCCGUCGUCGUUCAUUCCCGCCCGGCCUGAACAGCGCUACAAGCCCAUCACGACACAUACCCUGCAGCCGGGCGAUAAACCACGGCUCACCGUCGACCAGCGCCUGGCCCAACUUCGAGACCUGCGGACCCGGCCCACGCCGCUGCCGGCCAUGGGCGUGUCGAGCCUCCGGGCACAGUGCAACAUAGUGAUUAGACGCAACUCUGGUCGUAUCUGGGACAUUGGAGGACUGGAAUACACGCAGGUCGCAGAGUUUCUUGAUGGGUGCAAUCGCGAUCAGCUGGAGGAGAUUGAGAAUAACUCGACACAUAUCAAGAAGGAUACCGACUGGCUGUGGGAGCGGUUCGUCGUCGAAGACUACCCGGUCUACUAUGGGAGCUGCAGAGAGAGGAAGGGACAGCAACGGACGUCUGGUUGGAGGAGAAUGUACCAGAAAGCUGUGGUCGACGCCGAGGAGCGUAAACAACUCGCGGCAGAGCGGGUGGCGGAGCGAUACCGCCAACUCGAGGCCGAACGCGCGUCCAAGCGAAUCGUCGUGAUGGACGAGCUCAUCGCCCCCAAGCGUGGCAGGUCUGGAGGCUACUCGUCUUCUGCGCACUCGUUCUCAUCUGUCCGCCGUGGUGCUGCGGCCACGUCCACUUGGGGAUCAGGCCCUGGCCCGUCCAAAAUGCAAACUGCCAUGGCCAAAGCACGCAACGACGCAACGCGCGCUAGAGUGGCUCUCACCCACGCGUCGGGCAAGUACGUUCCCCCACCUCCUCGGACGCGUACAGCCCGAACGUUUGGUGGCGAUAGCGACCUGUUUCGUAACCCUUACAUACCCAACUCGGCUACGAACGCGCAACUCAUCGCCGCGGCCAACAGCUAUUCUCCCGUCUCUGGCCCUCGCCUCCCAGCUCCGCGUGUCCCGCGUCCACCACCCACCGUUAUCGCCGGGGCGUACCCGACCCCAACCGCCGAGACGCGUCCUCGCCCACCGACUGUAGCCCCAACAGCUAUCACUGCAGGCUACGGCCACUCGACACAGCCCGUGUCGUCCGCAGAGAGGUUCCGUAUCGACCCCGCACGGGACUCGAGGGAAGCCCGGCCCAUCCACCGUCCGCAAGUCGGCAAUUUCGCAGCUCCCAAACCCGUGCGCAAGGCUUUGGACUUUUUCUCGGCCCCGACACCCAUGCGCUCCACUGCUAGCCCUGUCAAGCGCGCUGCUGCAGCAAUCGCGAGCACCACUGCCAGCGAGGCGAAACGCCACAAGGCAGACGGCACGCCCGAGGCGACUGCUGCUGCUGCUGCUACUGCUUCUGCUGCUGGAGGGCACGCGACGCCGCCGCUUCACCGCGCGACACCGCCCCCGAGGACCAACAAGGACCUCGAGAGUGUCUUGUUUGCGAAAAAGCCCAAACCAAAGUUCAUGCCGCGGCGCUAG